CGAUGUCACAUGACCCGAGCGAGGCUCCUAGUUGGCUGCAGCCGGGUUACCUGGACAACGGAGCUUGCGGCGCCAGGCGGGUCAGCACCAGUAGGUCUCGCGGGCUAAGCUGCCCAGGUUUGCAGCGACGGUCACGCACUCGCUCCCGGGCGGCGACCGAGUCCACAGGCAGCAGAUGGGAGCCCAGGGCGCCGAAGAUGCGGGCGGUCGGGGCCGAGACGCCGGCGCGGGAGCUCUUCCAGGACGCCGCAUUCCCCGCCUCGGACUCCUCGCUCUUUUUCAACUUGUCCACGCCUCUGGCCCAGUUUCGGGAGGACAUCACUUGGAGACGGCCCCAGGAAAUCUGUGCCACACCCCAGCUGUUUCCAGAUAACCCAUGGGAGGGACAGGUGAAGCAAGGGCUGCUGGGGGAUUGCUGGUUCCUGUGUGCCUGUGCUGCCCUGCAGAAGAGUCAACACCUCCUGGACCAGGUCUUCCCUCCAGGACAGCCAAGCUGGUCUGACCAGAAGUACCAAGGUUUCUUCACCUGUCGAAUUUGGCAGUUUGGACACUGGGAAAAGGUGACCAUAGAUGAUCGUCUGCCUUGCCUUGCCGGGAGACUCUGCUUCUCCCGGUGCCAGAGAGAGGAUGUGUUCUGGCUUCCCUUACUGGAAAAGGCCUAUGCUAAGGUCCAUGGAUCCUAUGAGCACCUGUGGGCAGGGCAGGUGGCAGAUGCCCUGGUGGAUCUCACUGGAAGCCUGGCGGAAAGGUGGAGCUUGAAAGACAUAGUGGGAGCCAGUGGCCAGCAGGACAGACCCAGCGGCGGGGAGCAGAGGACUUGUCGGCAGCUACUCCGCCUGAAGGAUCAGUGUCUGAUCAGCUGCUCUGUGCUCAGCCCCAGAGCAGGUGCUAGGGAGCUUGGGGAGUUCCAUGCCUUCAUCAUCUCAGAUCUGCGAGAGCUGUGGAGUCGCACUGGCCAGGGUAUCCUUCUGUUGCGGAUUCAUAACCCUUGGGGCCGACGUUGUUGGCAGGGCCUCUGGAGAGAGGGGGGCGAAGGGUGGAACCAGGUAGAUCCAUCCAAGGAGUCUGAGCUGCUGGCACAACUCCAGGAGGGAGAGUUCUGGGUGGAGGAAGAGGAGUUCCUCAGGGAAUUUGACGAGGUCACCAUUGGCUACCCAGUCACAAAGGCUGGCCACCUACAGAGUCUCUACACAGAGAAGGUGCUGUGUCACACUCGGGCACUGCCUGGCGCCUGGGUUAUCGGGCAGUCAGCUGGAGGCUGCCGGAACAACAGUUGCUUUCCCUGCAACCCCAAGUUCUGGUUACGGCUCUUGGAACCUAGUGAGGUGUGUGCCGCUGUCCUUCAGAGACCCCGGAGGUGCCUACUGGGUCAGACCCGGUCACUGUUAGGUGCCAGUCCAGCACCUGAAAAUCUCCCAAGCAAGGACUACCAGGCUGUGGGCCUGCACAUCUGGAAGGUAGAGAAGCGGAAGGUCAGCCUGCCCAGAGUCCUGUCCGCACCCCCUGUGGCUGGUACUGCAUGCCAUGCGUAUGACCGUGAGGUCCACUUGCGCUGUGAGCUCUCCCCGGGCUACUACCUGGUCGUCCCCAGCACCUUCUUGAAGGAUGUACCAGGGCAGUUCCUGCUCCGGGUCUUCUCCACUGGGAAGAUCUCCCUCAGUGCUGUCAGGACGGCCACCAAGGGUGCCUCACCUGGAACAGCCCUGCCUGCAGGCGAAUGGGAGACUGUGCAGCUACGGGGCUGCUGGAGAGCCGGCCAGACAGCUGGGGGCAGCAGGAACUUCGCCUCUUACCCCUGCAAUCCCUGCCUCCCCUUCUCCGUUCCUGAGGGUGCUGGUCCCCGCUACAUCCGUAUCACCCUGCACCAACACUGCCGACUCAGUGACAGCCAGCUCCACCCCAUUGGCUUCCAUAUCUUUCAGCCAACAGGCCAGGGAACACUCUGAGCAAAGCUGUAGUUGGAGAAAUGGGAGAAGAAAGAAGUUCUGCGCUAGAGGCCAAGGGUCUUAGGCUACAGAUUCCAUGAUGACAGUGAGGCUUCCCAUCCCAUGAUUGUUCAUUUGGGGCCUCACUUCACGGUGAGCAUUGACGGAGAAUGCGGGUAACAUGGGGAGGAGAGAGCAGGAAUUGCUCAAAAAGGUUCUGUUGAGGGGUGUAAGUGUAUCCCAGAAGGCUGGACUCUUGAGUCAGGCCACCUGGAGCUCUGACCAGGCCUCUGGCAAGAGUGGCAAAGGGGUGUAAUAGCUCCGGGACUGAGCGUCAGCUACCCCAGCUGACCUAGGCAUUAUGCCCUCAGCUGAGCUGUUCAGAGGGAGAGCGAGCCAUGCCAUCGUGUAUGAGCCUCCCCAUGCUGAUCCUACCUUUGCCCCAGGUUCCAGCAGAUGGAGAGAGUCAGAAUGCGUGUUCCCUGCUGCUCCAGGAGCCACUGCUAAGCUGUGUGCCACACCGCUAUGCCCAGGAAGUGAGCCGCCUCUGCCUCCUGUCAGUGGGGACCUACCGGGUUGUGCCCUCCA